CCUUCGUUGCGGAAACAUUUGAAGAGUUUUUUUGUUCGAAUUUGAGAUGCGGAAGGUUUUGGCGGUGAUCUUGGUUGGGUUGCUCGUGAGGAGAUCGCUUGGACGGACAGUUGGAGAAGAUGCCGUCCAUAGGUACGAUGUGAUUUUCGGUACCAAAAACGAGCUUCUGUGUGACGAACCUUCAGCCGAGAUUCGAACCGAGUGGAGACGAACUGAUGGGAGUGAUCUUCCCUCUGGAUCUACCCAACACAAUGGUUUACUGGCGAUCGAGCCAACCGGGUACGAUGCGGAAGGUCACUACGAAUGUGUCGCCCAUGCCCCGGGAAGUACCACUCAAACCGUAGUAGUGAGAGUCGUUCUUAAGGUGAUCGUUCCACCGAGGAUCACGUUCAGCUUGAGUCCUCCGAUGUCGAAGGUUCGACCCGGUGACAAAGUGGCCAUUAUGUGUAACGUCAGUGGAGAUCAGCCGUUCCUGGUGUCGUGGCACAAGGCAAAUUCGGAGAGUUUACCCGCUCGGGUGACGGUCAACGGGCAGUACUUGGAGUUUCCUUGGAUUUCCAAAGAAGACGAAGGACGGUACAUUUGUCGAGCUUCGAACAGGGCAGGGAAUGCGACGAGGACGGCGGAGAUUAGGUUUAGGAGUAAGAUUUAGAUGUUUACAAUAAAUUGUACAGUGAGAUUAA